AGGGUGAAGGUGGCGGCGAUGCUGGGGCUGGCCCUCGCACUCUGCAACGCCGACCGUGUUGUCAUGUCCGUCGCCAUCGUGCCUCUCUCCCAGGCGUAUGGUUGGACCCCUUCAUUUGCCGGCGUCGUGCAGAGUGCUCAAUCAGGGGCGAAGCCAGAAAUUACGGCCACCAGGGUCAUCAUCAUUUUACGACGGGGUCAUCAACACUAAAAACAGUAAUAAGCAGUAGCUUUACAUAGGAUUAUUGGAAUUUCGUCAGGUCGGUGGACCCGGGCGGCAAGCCGUAGCUCCACCACUGUGCUCAAUUGCAGUAAUUACCGUAUUAAUGAUGUGGUGUUAGAAAUAUUGAUUGAAAUGAUUAAUUUGAGUGAAAGCGUGCUUGCAUGGCUCGAGAUGACAUGUUUGCACUGUCAUAUUAGUUCGUUUGUUCUACAAACGUAGAAAAACACUGAAUAUGGUUGAUAAGGUUUGAAUUUUCACACAAAAGUCUUGCAGCACUCAAUUUUUCCUGCUUAUUUCCCACUCAUGCUGCUGUAGUGCAAGUAAUUUACAGAGAAAUACACAUAACAAAGUAAGGGCAUGGGUUUGCGCAUCUUGUUUGAACAAUAUGGUGACGCCAUUGUGUUUUUGGCACUGCAAACAGUCAUCCUUCCUUUGGGGAUAUCUGAUGUCACCGAUAAUUGGUGGAGCGCUUGUUGACUACUAUGGUGGAAAGCGAGUCAUGGCUUAUGGUGUAGCCUUAUGGUCCUUGGCUACAUUCCUGUCUCCUUGGGCAGCUGGUCGCUCUAUCUGGUUGUUUCUCUUUACUAGAGUUCUGCUGGGUAUUGCAGAAGGAGUGGCGCUCCCAAGCAUGAACAACAUGGUGUUGAGGUGGUUUCCUCACACAGAGAGAUCUAGUGCUGUGGGUAUUGCAAUGGCUGGCUUUCAGCUUGGCAAUACCAUUGGGUUACUUCUAUCCCCAAUUAUCAUGUCACGAACUGGAAUAUUUGGACCUUUUGUGAUAUUUGGAUUAUUCGGAUUUCUGUGGGUGUUGGUGUGGAUACCGGCUAUAUCUGGCACACCUGGUGAACAUGCACAAAUAUCAGCAUAUGAACUGGAGUAUAUAACCAAAGAUCAGAAAUUGGUGAAGCCUCAAAUUGGAAGUGCAAAAACAAAAAAGGUCCCCCCUUUCAGCAAACUACUUUCCAAAUGGCCAACAUGGGCUUUGAUCAGUGCAAAUGCCAUGCAUAGCUGGGGUUAUUUCGUCAUCCUGUCAUGGAUGCCAGUCUAUUUCAAAACAAUAUAUCAUGUCAAUCUGAGAGAUGCUGCAUGGUUCAGUGCACUCCCCUGGGUGAUGAUGGCAGUUUUAGGUUAUGUGGCCGGUCUUGUCUCAGACAUGCUUAUUAGAAAUGGAACAAACAUUACUUUAACACGGAAGAUAAUGCAGUCAAUUGGCUUUCUGGGUCCUGGUAUUGCUUUGCUUGGUCUGAAUGCAGCAAAGAGUCCAAUCAUCGCUUCAGCUUGGCUUACAGUUGCUGUUGGUCUGAAAUCCUUCGGCCAUUCAGGUUUCUUAGUAAAUCUACAGGAGAUUGCCCCACAAUAUGCUGGAGUCCUACACGGAAUGUCAAAUACAGCUGGGACAUUUGCUGCCAUUUUAGGAACUGUUGGAGCAGGGUUUUUUGUUGAUCGGAUGGGUUCUUUCCGUGGAUUUUUGAUAUUGACGUCGCUCCUAUACUUCAGUAGUGCUCUUUUCUGGGAUAUAUUUGCUACUGGAGAGCGUGUUGACUUUGAUGGCACUGGCUAGCACCUGAGAGGAACUCUACAGUUUCUAUCAAGCACAAAAUGAUGAUUCAGGACGGUGCUUUGCUGCCCUCUCUGCGAAACCUCAAGUUCUAUGCACAUGAGGAUGAAGAGCUUAAGUUAUGACUGUACAGCAUUGGGUUUCGACUUUUCAAAGUAUCCAAUGAGUUUAUCUUGGAAGUCAGAUAUCAGUGGUGGGUGAACACAUGGAACUGGCUUAGAGACGAUCAUGCUAGAUUUUCUUGUAGGGUAAGCUUGGAAUGUGUUAUGAGUCAAUGAAACCUGAAUAUGUAACUUAGAAUAAAUAACAGGGUAGGAGCCCGACCAUUCAUGGCACCCAAAGUAGUAGAGAUCUGAAACUAAUUUGCAGGCUAGUUGGAAGCUGGGAAACACCGGGAACUUGGGUGCCAAUCCCACGAAAUAAGUCAUGAGCUUUAAAAUCAUAAAGCCUCAUGAGGGCCGGGAGAUAAUUUUCCUUAUUCAAGUAUAAAAUGCAUGCAAAGAAAUAGGGAGAAGACCCUUGACGGGGAACAAAGAAGGAUCUGUACAUUGAUGAAACAUUUGUAAAAUUCCAUUGCGUUGUUAUUCAGUGUUGGGAAUGUCAGCA